UGCAGUAUUUUCUUUUCUGAAUCGUUUCUGACUGUGACGUCAUGCCGGUCUUAUGAAAUUGCUGCAAGCACAAUCGCGUCUGCUACUGAGUCACACGGGGAAUGUCGCCACUCUUUCGCUCCUGAACGGAGCCAGUUCAGUUGAUUUCCAUCCACCGAACAUUAAGCAAGUGCCUUGCGAUGCCUCCAGAUAGUGUCGGACAGAGGAGUCCUGAAGAUGGCAUCAGUACGAUAGUGGAAAAAACAAUUAAGCAGCCAUUAGGCCGUUGUUCAGUGUAUAGCAGACACCAGACUAGUCUGUCUUUAGAGGUUUGAACAGAAUGACAUCUUCGAUUGAUGUUACGCAUAGGCGUAUGGUGAAAGUACUAACAAUUACACUGAUUCUGCUCAUGACCGUCUUUGGACUGCUGGCCAAUCGAUACGAUAGCCGUAGACGGCAAAGUUUCAAGCUCUCAAAAGUAUAUCUGGCGUAUGCCAUACUGUGGACCAUCGCCUUUGCUGGCAUCUAUGGGCAUCAGAUAUACCAGGACUACAUUCAAGGACAGAUCAACCUGCGGGAUGCUGUGAGCCUUUAUAGUUACAUGAACAUUACAGUGGCAAUUAUCAACUAUGUCACACAAAUGAUCAUGAACGACACUGUGGCGAAGACAAUGAGCCAAGUGCCAUUAUUUCAGACCCUCAAAAUGUUCCAUUUGGACAAUGCAUCGCUCCUUCGAUCGAUUGCCAUGGCUCUGGUCAAGUCGGUCGGUUUUCCUCUGAUACUGGAGACAACCUUCAUACUGCAGCAGCGGCGCCUGGAGCCGGAAUUGAGUUUGAUUUGGACCGUGUACCGUCUGCUCCCGCUGAUCAUUUCAAACCUGCUCAACAACUGCUACUUUGGAGCCAUGAUUGUGGUGAAGGAGAUCCUGAAAGCGAUCAAUGUGAGACUGGAGUCGCAUCGCCAGCAGGUGAAUAUCAUGCAGAGGGAGGAUCAGCUGAAGCUGAACACUUCGUUCUAUCGCAUGCAGAGGUUCUGCUCAUUGGCGGAUGAGCUGGACCGACUGGCGGACCGUUAUAUAGUGAUUUAUGUGCAUAGCGACAAGUACUUGUCCCUCAUGUCUCUUUCGAUUAUCCUGUCGUUGAUCUGCAAUCUGCUGGGCAUGACAGUGGGAUUUUACAGUCUGUACUAUGCCCUAGCGGACACAUUUCUUGGCAGCAAGCCGUACGACGGCUUGGGAGCGCUCAUAAAUCUAGUCUUUCUGUUCAUAUCGCUCACCGAGAUCACAAUGCUGGCACACUUGUGCAACAAUCUACUCGUGGCCACCAGGAGAACAGCCAUAAUACUGCAGGAGAUGAACCUGCAGCAUGCCGACUGCCGGUAUCGCCAGGCUGUCCAUAGUUUCACCCUCCUAGUGACCCUCACCAAGUUCAAGAUAAGGCCAAUGGGUCUGUACGAGCUGGACAUGCAGCUGAUCAUUAAUGUGUUUUCCGCCGUCUCUAGCUUUUUGCUGAUACUCAUCCAGGCCGAUUUGUCGCAUCGCUUCAAAAUGUACUAGCAGCACUCACCUGGCUAAACUGCAUCAGAUU